CAGAGAGAGCUGUGCUCAGCGAGCAGCGGACUGAAUUGCAGUACGCACACACUUCCUGAUGGAGCUGCUCCUGCGGAGAAUAAAAAUACACUCGCAGCCAGCCAGCUAGACGAGUUGUGAAAAAAGUUAUGUCUGGCUGUCAAGUGGACGCAGAAAGGCUGUUUUCUUUUAUAAUGGACGUUAUUCCUCGGUUUUCCCGUACGUGAAUAACAGAAACUAUCCCCAUGUCCAGAGCAGAGAGCCGGCGCUGGUGACGAGUCGACUGAACGUAAGUUACUAGCUGACGUUGGCUAGUAAUGUCUCUAACGUUACCAUCCGCCGACAUACUUGAAACUCCUCCUGGAUAUCCAUUCGAAGAAAUCAACUAUGAGGAUAUUGAAGUGGAGGAGGUGGUGGGCAGAGGAGCUUUCGGGGUGGUUUGCAAAGCCAAAUGGAAAGGCAAAGAUGUCGCAAUCAAGACCAUCGAGAGCGAAUCAGAGAGGAAGGCCUUUAUUGUCGAGCUCCGACAGCUUUCACGUGUGAAUCACCCCAACAUCGUGAAGCUGUACGGCUCAUGUCACACUCCAGUCUGCCUUGUGAUGGAAUAUGCUGAAGGCGGGUCACUGUACAAUGUGCUGCAUGGUGCUGAACCCCUCCCUUAUUACACUGCUUCCCAUGCCAUGAGCUGGUGUUUUCAGUGUUCCCAGGGCGUGGCCUAUCUCCAUGGCAUGAAACCAAAGGCUCUCAUUCACAGGGACCUCAAGCCACCCAAUCUGCUUCUAGUGGCAGGCGGCACUGUGCUGAAGAUAUGUGACUUUGGAACAGCAUGCGACAUUCAGACCCACAUGACCAACAACAAAGGAAGUGCAGCGUGGAUGGCUCCAGAGGUAUUCGAAGGCAGCAAUUACAGCGAGAAGUGUGACGUGUUCAGCUGGGGAAUCAUUCUCUGGGAGGUGAUCACUCGCAGGAAGCCCUUUGAUGAAAUUGGAGGACCAGCUUUUCGCAUCAUGUGGGCUGUGCACAACGGCACAAGACCCCCUUUAAUCAAAAAUCUGCCCAAGCCCAUUGAGAGUCUGAUGACUCGCUGCUGGUCUAAAGACCCCUCUCAGCGGCCAUCCAUGGAGGAGAUCGUGAAGAUCAUGACUCAUCUAAUGAAGUACUUCCCAGGAUCUGAUGAACCCCUGCAAUAUCCAUACCAGUAUUCAGAUGAGGGGCAGAGCAACUCUGCAACUAGCACAGGUUCAUAUGUGGACUAUACCGGCACCAGCACGAGCAACAAAAGCGACCCAAACAUGGAACACAGUGACUCUCAAGGGAGCAACGAUACUAUCAAGAUAACGCCUCAGUUCGCUCACUUCAAGCCAAAGGGAGACCCAUUGAGGACUCUGCCUCUGUCCAGGGGGGGCAGUGUUGAGAGUCUGCCAGCACGAACACAGUGCCUGGCAUCAUCUGACAGCAAAAGAAUGAGCGCUGACCUGUCAGAGCUGGAGCCCAAGAUGCCAUUUGCACCCGCAGCACGCCCCCAGUAUAAACGAGGCCACCGUAAAACGGCAUCAUUCGGCACCAUUCUGGAUGUCCCCAAGAUCGUCGUCACAGCCACAUGUGAGCCACAGAGACGUCGGUCUGUGCAGGAUCUGCCAGGCAUCGGCACAGAGUCCAGCCAGGGGAGCAGGAACAGCAGCCGCUCCUCCAGUCCCAGUGUGAGGAUGAUGCCACCAGAUAAGACGAGCAGCAGAGGUUACUUCUCACCUGAUGACCCCACAGACACCAACGGCUCAGACAACUCCAUUCCCAUGGCCUAUCUGACCCUGGAUCACCAGCUGCAGCCUCUCGCUCCCUGUCCCAACUCCAAAGAGUCCAUGGCUGUGUUUGAGCAGCACUGCAAGAUGGCCCAGGAAUACCUGAAAGUGCAAACGGAGAUCGCCCUGCUGAUCCAGAGAAAAAAGGAGCUCAUCGCUGAACUGGACCAAGAUGAGAAGGACCAGCAGAACACGUCCCGUCUGGUGCAGGAGCACAAAAAGCUGCUGGAGGAGAACAAGAGUCUGUCCACGUACUACCAGAAGUGCAAAAAACAGCUGGAGCUGAUCCGGGUCCAGCAACAGAAGAGACAGGGCACAUCGUGAUGAGACAGAGACACAUGAACUGCUACCAUCCCCUGCCCUGCCCAUCCUGUCCUCAGCACCCUUCCAGCACUAUAACACUACCCACUCUCAUGCUCUGCACACACACACACACACACACACAGUUCCCAGUCAGCUUUGUAAAGAGACCUGCAUUCUACUGUGUCCUGCAUGUCGCAUUGUAGACCCUGACUUGUCCAGCAGGAACACGACGUCCUCUGUACAUACCUUUGCACAUCCUCACAGUGUAUUCUGUGACCGCAGACCAAACAAUCACUGCACCCCCACCCCCAUCGCCCCUGUCCCGGCCGCGGCACUCCGGGAUGGACGUCUUCUUCGGUGGCGGCGGCGCAUCCUCUUGGGUCGUGUGUUCCUCCAUGUUCACUCUCAGGGCCUCUGGGAUGCCUGGUCAGUGUGUGUCCACCCCCUCAGCGGCCGACAGCCACGCCGUCCUCCAGAAUGUGAAAAACAUAACACAAAAGGCUUUUUUCAGCGGAAACGUGUGAAUUAUAUGCAGAAUUUUUGAGAGCAGUGAGGAUGUUUUUAAAAGCUGUUCUUUACAAGGGUGCGCGUGGAAUCCCUGUUAUGCAAAACACACACCCCUUAAAUCAAACGCAUUUAUCUCUAACCCGUCCCUCCUCUCACCAAGAGCAUGAGCCCCUCUACAGACCACUGUACCUGUUUACUUCUUCAAGGUGUUCGAUGUAUUCAGUUCACAGAGGGAUGGACUGCAUAUGAGAAUCACAGUGAAAGGAAGAGCUCGGGACUGUGUGAACCUGAUCUGCUCCUCAUGCAAGCACGGUGAGCUUGCAGAGCUACGGAGGACCAUUAAGGCCAAGUGUGAAAAAUUAAGCUGAGGAUUUAUUUCAAGUUUAUUUUUUGUUAUAAGUCAGAAUUCUUUGUACUUAAAACUCAGAUCUUGGACACAUUUUGCACACUUGGCCCUGGUCGUCCUCCGUGCAGAGCAGAUCCAGGAGCUGUGGAUUCCCUUUUCAUUUUGACUUCAGUAUUGUUUUUUUUUGUUUUUUGUGUGUAGAUGUUUCUGUCUUUUCUAUUCAGUAGUUUACUUUGUAUGAUAGUUCUUUGGUCAUUUUCGCAUUAGGACAUAUGUUAUCUGGUCUUGCCCUUACGGACAAAAUAGCGGAGCAUGUAGCUCCCUAAACAGUAUCUAGUUUGUUUUUAGUUCACAUGUUGCCUUAGAAGUUGCCUGCAUUUUAAGUGCUUGUUUUAUGUGAAAUUUAGUGGGGAUAAAAGUAUAAAAAGAAAAAAAAAGAUAUUUUUAAUGUAAUGGACAUUGAAUGAAGGGGAGUGAGAAGGAUGUGUCAGUAAGCUGUAAUGUACAUCUCGCCCACCAGCUUCAAUCCAAGACUGAUGACGUGUACUCUAAAAGAAGGAAUGGAUGUGAUUUCUGUUUUUUUUUUUUUUUUUUUUUUUUUUUUUUUUUUUUUUUUUUUUUUUUGGUCUCAUAUCCCUUGAGUAAUUUUGCACAAUCACUUUUGUUUUUUUCGUCCACGUACAAAUUUUCUUUUAAGCAAUUCUGUUUUUAAAAGUGAAAGACUUGACGAGUCUUCCUUUUAAAAUGUGUUACUGUACAGGACUGAAGCUCCACUGAGUUUUCUGUUCACUAAGAAUUCAUUGAGCAAACACACAUCACGCUGUUUAUUAAGUGUUUCCUAGUCAGUAAAUAGGAAGUAAGGUACAGUAUACGACAGUGAGCAAGGCAUUAUGAAAUAAACUGAAUGGUGAAAAGAUG